AGGAGGGAGAGAGAGAGAGAUCAGCACAGCUCACAUCUUCUCCUCCCAGAGAACUCCAACAGAAGACACACAGCCAUGGCUCCUACAGUCAGUGCAGCUCUCAUCUACUCCAAAGAUCAUCUUCCACUUUCAAACAAGCUGAGGAAGCCAAUAGUGGAGAAGAUGCGUAGAGAACGCAUCAACAGCAGCAUCGAGAAGCUCAAGUCUCUCCUGGGCAGAGAAUUCCUGAAGCAGCAGCCUGAUUCCAGACAGGAGAAAGCUGACAUCCUGGAGAUGACACUUCAAUUUCUGAAACAGCAGCAGCAGCAGCCCCACAAUGACUCUGUCUGCUCCACUGCAGCCAAUGAAGGCUACAGCAAGUGCGUGCAGGAGGCCGUCAGCUUCCUGUCUCAGUGUGGAGCUCAGACUCCGUCCCAGAGAAGACUGCUGAGCCACUUCUUCACCAUGCAGCCUUCCAUGGAGAACAGAACAAGUGUCCUGCAGCUCAGCUCUCCAGCCUGCAGCACCAGCAGCAAAGAGAAACCUCCAGCAUCUACUGCUCUCUGGAGACCCUGGUAGAGCCACCAAGCCACAUUAAAUGCCUGAAGGUGAUGGCAUGGACAGUUCAACGUUCUAACUGUUAUUGCAGUUAAAGAAGAGUAUUGGUUUAUAAACCAUUGUCUGGUGUAUUCCUGAUUGGGAAGAAUUUCUGAUCAAGAUGAUCACAGAAGAUCACAGUAGCUCUUAGCAGAGCUUUAUAGCAAAUAUCUACUGUUUUAGUACGAUGUUUCAUUUUGCUUUGUUUUUAAAUCUGCUCUAUUUUAAGAGUUAUUCUUAUUGGAGAGUCUCACAUUGAGAUUCAUUGUUUUUGUUUCUAUGAAACCAAUGUUAUUGAUCCUAUGGAUUGAUUGUCUCAUGUAUUGUAUCACGUUCCUUCUUGGAACGGAUGUUUCCUAGAUCCUUUUUUUAUCACAAUGAUAAGAAUGUAUGUGUAUUAUCAUCUCUUUUAAGAGGUGAAAUGUUUGUGCAAAGUGUGCAUUGAACUGUGAAACCACAUUGGUACUGUUAUUACUUUGAUCAAAGUGAUGUCUACGAAGAUGCUGAGCAUCUACCUCAUUAAAAAAAAAGCAUUUUUCUUGAAAUAUA